AUGGAGAAGCCGUACCAGAGACAGAAGCCGGUCAUCCCGGAGGGGAUGAGCAAAUCUGCUUGGAAGAAGGAGCAGAAACGGCUACGAUGGGAGGAGAAUAGAGAAAAAAUGCGCGAGGUGCGCCGCGAAAAACGGAAAGCUCUGAAGGAGACCAGGAAGCUGAAAAAUGCAGAUAGGCCGAAGCGCGACAAGAUCGAGCAGCAGGAAGCCGGAUAUUCGGUUUUGGUGGACUGCGAUUUUGACGUUUUGAUGCUCGAAAAAGAAAUAGUGUCCAUGAGCAACCAGCUGGUGACUAGUUACGCAGACAAUAAAAAAUACCCCUACAGGGUGGAUAUAACAGUGACUUCUUUUGGGAAGCGGAUGAAGGAGCGCUUUGAUCGCGUUCUUCCGCACUACCAGAAUUGGAAGCCAGAACAUAUGAAGUUCACCGAGCAAAAGCUGGAGAGUGUGCUACCAGCAGAUUUAUCAAAGGUCGUUUAUCUUACGGCAGACACAGACGAGAAGCUCGAGACUUUGGAGCCAGGAAUCACGUACAUAGUUGGCGGUAUUGUGGAUAAGGGUCGUCAUAAACUGUUGUGCAAGAAGAAGGCCGACAAACUAGGAAUUCCCACCAAAAGACUUCCGAUAGACGAGUAUAUCAGGGUGAGUGGCCGUCGCGUUCUGGCGACGUCGCAUGUGGUGGAGAUGCUGAUUAGAAGGCGAGAGUUCGACAGCUGGAAAGAAGUUUUUGAGGCGGUGAUUCCGAUGCGGAAGGUGAAGAAACCUGUGGAAGCUGGCGAGAAAGAGGUUGAAGAAAGCAGCAACGAAUCUAAUUAA